CUCAACUGUGAUUGGUGCUUGCAUUGUACUUUGGUUGUGUCACUCAGCUGUCCAACGUGUCCAACGCGCAGACGUAGCUACUACUUUUGAUGCAACACAUUUAGUAACGGCCAAAAACACAGAAGUCAAACAUAACCAACGGCGGGUUUUGGGUGUAACGUUGCAAUAAUUCACCUCUGAUUGGAUUAAACCUUCAUCAGAGAACAAGCGCGAAAAGUGGGAACUUGCUUGGGCCCGGUCUUAUCUCGAGGUGGUUUUGCCUGCCGUAGCCUAAGAAUAAUUUGUGUCGGCAAAUUCACGAUCUAAUAGAUUUUAAAGGGAUUUGCUGAACUCACGUGAAGUAGGCUACACUAGUUUAGCUAGCCUGCUACAUAACAAUACCAUUGCAAUACGUGCUGCUGUUACAAAAAAAAAAUCCAGUAUCAUCUAAGAUGGCUACAGUUGCAAUACCAACAAACAUCAGCGUACUGAUACUAGACAUUGAAGGGACCACGACACCAAUCACGUUUGUUAAGGAUAUUCUAUUCCCAUACAUUAAGGAUCAUCUAGAGGACUACCUGUCCGCACACUGGGAAGAGGACGAGUGCAAGCAAGAUGUGUAUCUCUUAAAAAAACAGGCAGAAGAGGACACCAGGCAACACAGAGCUGGUCCGGUCCACGUUUUAGACCAGACCGUGCACACGGAUGAGGAGAAGGCUAUACGCGAGGUGGUGGACAACGUCCUGUGGCAGAUGGCCUCAGACAGGAAGACCACUGCACUGAAGCAGCUGCAGGGUCACAUGUGGAGGGCGGCCUAUGCCUCAGGGAAAAUCAAAGGCGAAGUGUACCAGGAUGUAGUUCCAGCCAUCCGACGGUGGAGGAGGCUUGGUCUCAAGGUCUACAUCUACUCCUCAGGGAGUGUGGAGGCACAGAAGCUGCUGUUCGGAUACUCUGUAGAGGGGGAUCUUCUAGAUUUAUUCGAUGGUCACUUUGACACCAACAUGGGCCUCAAAGUGGAGAGCAAAAGCUACCAGAGGAUUGCAGACAGACUUGGCUGUCCGCCUGAAGAUAUUAUGUUCUUGACAGACAUCACGCGAGAAGCCAGGGCUGCAGAGGAGGCUGGGGUGAACGUGACUGUGGUGGUCAGGCCAGGAAACAUGGAGCUGACCGAGGAGGAGAAAUCACAUUACAGCAUCAUCACAUCUUUCAGUCAGCUGGAAGUACCGGGAUCUGGUUAACACAGUACAGAGUGUGUGCACUUGUGUACUCACUCGCACUCCUUCUCGCACACACUCACUCGCUCACUCAGAAGGCUGCUUGUCUGAC